AUGGAGGAGAACGGGAUCCUGAAAAAGGUGGAGCGCAGUUCCUGGGCGACUCCAGUGGUGCCGGUUAUGAAGUCAGCGGACCGCGUUCGCCUGUGCGGGGACUACAAGGUGACGGUCAACAAAUGUCUCUUGAUUGACGAGCACCCCUUACCAACAAUCGAUGAGCUGUUUUCGAACAUGGCCGGUGGUCGGAAAUUUUCGAAGUUGGAUCUGGCCCAAGCUUAUCUCCAAAUGGAAGUACGCGAAGAGGACCGGGAACUACUUACCUUGAACACGCAUCUUGGUCUCUACCAACCUACGCGGUUAAUGUACGGCGUGUCUUCAGCACCUGCGAUUUUCCAGCGUGAGAUUUCACAACGGCUUGGUGAUAUUCCCGGAGUUUCAGUUUUUCUGGAUGAUAUCAAGGUGACUGGGCCAGACGAUGAAACUCACCUGCAGCGACUGGGAAUGGUUCUGCAACGAUUAGAUGAACACGGGAUGCGGCUGAAUGUGACGAAGUGCGAAUUUUUUGCGGAUCGCAUCGAGUAUUGCGGGUUCGUGAUUGAUCGAGAAGGAAUACGGAAAAUGAAAACCAAAGUCGACGCCAUUCAGGAGAUGCCUAGACCCCGCAAUCGUGAGCAAAUCAUAGCGUUCGUGGGUCUAAUAAACUAUUAUGGUAGGUUCAUGAAAAAUUUGAGUACAAGAAUCUACCCGAUCAACAAUUUACUUAAAGAAAACGUUACCUUCAACUGGGACGACGAGUGCGAAAAAGCUUUCCUAUGGGUUAAGAAGGAGAUGCAGUCAGACAGAGUAUUGGUUCACUACGAUCCGAAGUUGCCACUCGUACUAGCUACCGAUGCUUCGCCUUAUGGUGUUGGUGCAGUAUUGAGUCAUCUGUAUCCCGACGGAACCGAACGGCCAAUCCAUUGUGCAUCUCAAACUCUGAAUAGAUCCCAGCAGAAUUACAUCCAAGUCGACAAGGAGGCGUAUACGAUCAUAUUUGGAGUAAGAAAAUUCUACCAAUACCUCUAUGGACGCAAAUUCAUACUCGUUACCGACAAUAAGGCUGUAGCACAAAUCCUGGCACCACACAAAGGACUCCCUACCUUGAGUGCUUUGCGAAUGCAGCAUUACGCUGUUUUUCUAGAAACGUUUGAUUACGAAAUUCGAUUUCGUUCGUCGAAAGAGAACGCCAAUGCGGACGGAAUGUCUCGACUGCCGAUUAAAGAUGAAGACAACAAACACCGAAUCGAAGAAGUAGAUCUCGUUGAAGUUAAUCAAAUCGAGACGCUUCCUGUCACAGCAGAGGAAUUGGCGGAGUGUACUAAAGAAGACGCUAACGUGAAAACCUUGCUACAAAGUCUGAAGUUUGGACGAACUGUGGACGGAUGUGACCGAUUUCGUCUCAAUCAAAGCGAAUUUUCGAUCCAGAAGGGGUGUUUACUCAGAGGCAUCCGUGUCUAUAUUCCACCGAAGCUUCGACAGCGCGUCCUUGACGAGCUACACACAGGUCACUUUGGUGUAUCCAGAAUGAAGACUUUAGCAAGAUCGUACUGCUGGUGGGAGACUGUCGAUCGCGACAUAGAGGAGCUGUCAAGAAACUGCAGUGAAUGUGCCGGAGUGCGGAAGAACCCGAUAAAGGUUAUGCCACAUUGUUGGGAACAAGCUACAGAACCAUUCCAGCGAAUCCACAUCGACUUUGCGGGUCCAUUCCUUGGUCUGAAUUUCUUCGUCAUCGUGGAUGCGUACAGUAAGUGGCCGGAGGUCAGGAUUAUUCCGGAUAUGACUACGGACACCACCGUCGACUGCCUGCGGGAGUAUUUCGUGACAUACGGUGUACCUUCCAUCAUUGUCAGUGAUCGAGGAGUCCAGUUCACUUCGGACCAGUUCCGAACAUUCCUGAAACGCAACAAUGUUACGCACAAAAUCGGAGCUCCUUAUCACCCAGCUACAAACGGUCAGGCGGAAAGGUUUGUACAGACAUUCAAAGACAAGCUGAAGGCCCUGAAAUGCGAACGAAAAGACGUCCAGUUUGAGCUCUAUAAAAUUUUGAUGGCAUACCGAAGAACCGUGCAUCCGACAACAGGGAAAUCACCGUCGAUGUUAGUAUACGGACGACAGAUGAAAUCAAGACUCGACCUACUGAUUCCUACUAGUUUCCCGGAGAAUCCAUCCCGUGGGGAGGAAGAGAGUGUUCGACGUUUUUCAAUCAACGAACGAGUAGCAGCUCGAGACUUUUUGGGAUCGUCUAAGUGGCAGUUUGGUACAGUGACUGAGCGUAUGGGGAAGCUUCAUUAUAUGGUCGAGCUGGACGACGGCAGAAUCUGGAAGCGGCACGUAGAUCAGUUGAGAGCAGGUCCUAUGAAGCGAAAUAUGAACGAUGAAUCUUGGACGGAGAUGUUCGAUAAACCGCGCCGUAGCACAGUAGUCAGCCAUCCUAUGCAGUCAACUCUCGAUGAAGGUCCUAACACAUCUCAGCCGUCGACAGGGUUAUCGAAACCACCAACACCAAUUCCCACCGACCCUACAGGAUCUGCUAGCGAGACGGAUGGACAGGUUCCGAGCGAAACACGAGCCCGAUUAGAGAAGGUAGAGCAAGAUAAACUUAUGACUUCCCGUAGAUCUUGUAGAGUUAGGAAAGCACCUGAGCGUUUAAACCUAUAA